UUUUAACUUGCGUUUGGACAGAAAGGACAGCAAUAGGAUUAGAGAGACAGUGAAGAGGCUGAAUCCCUAACACAUGCAGUUGAUCGUCUUGUAUGCUGUGAGGAAAGCACGGGAGCUCUUCCUGAAUAUAUCUUUCAACUUGAAAGCUGAAUUUUCAUAGGAUAUCAUCUUGCUUGAAUGGGGAUCUUGUGGAAUAUUGUUGUUUGAUUUGACCUGAACUUGUACCGGACCUGUGCUCUUGGUUUGCGCUCUUUGGAAGUGUCACAAUGGCGUCUGUAAGGCCAAAGAUGAAAAUGCUGAAAAAGCGGCGAUCCAGUCUAUUUGCAUCCAUAAAGCGGGAAGUUAGUUUUUCACAAAGCAUCGAAGAGCAGGAAUGUGAAUUCCCUUUUUCCCAAGACAGCUCAGUGAAACCAUGGACAUCUAUGGACAACCUCGAUGCUCUUGAUGAGGAAAAAGAAGAAAAACAAAAUCAGAGCAAAACUUUACCGAACCCGAGGCUCUCAAACAUUGUCACCAUCAACGUGGGUGGACGGGUGUUUCGCAUCCCGAAAAAAUUGAUUCUGCGAUACCCAAAAACCAGGAUUGGUGUCCUUGCCCUCUGUAGUGAUCCAGUCAAGCGCCUGACACUCUGCGAUGACUACAAUGUUCUGAACAACGAGUUCUUUUUUGACAGGGACCCUAUGUUUUUCCAUUACAUUUUCCACUUUUACUGCAGCAAUGUCCUGUGGGUGAUGGAUAGUCUUUGCCCUGUCAACUUUGAAGAAGAGAUGUCAUUCUGGGGUCUGAAUCUAAAGGAUAGUCCAAGGUGCUGCCGCAUUUCGUAUGAGGAGAAACUGGAUGACAUCAGAGAUCAGCUGAAGGUCAACCAGGAGCUGAUUGAUGAGAUUAAACCUCACAAGGAUGAAGAUGCAUACGAAAGUAUGUUUCUUGGAGACUUUCGGAAGGCCCUCUGGGACUUGAUGGAGAAUCCCUACUCGUCAUUGGCAGCCAAAGCCUUUGCGGUGUUCUCCAGUCUCUUUGUGCUCAUCUCUAUUGUUGCCAUGACACUAAACACAGUUAGGGAACUCAGGGAGUACAAACUUGCCGGCAAAACCUACAUGGAGUGGGUAGAGAUUGGCUCCAUCCUUUUCUUUACGUCGGAGUACUUUUUGCGGUUAAUGACCACAUCCAAUAUAAAACAUUUUGUGAAGAGUGCCCUCAACUUUGUUGACAUAGUGGCUGUAAUGCCCUACUUCAUCCAGAUCAUUUUUGAGACAUUUGUUAUAGAUGCAGAGAACAUGAGCGCACAGGAAGAUUUGAAGGCCAUGGCAAGAGUCAGCAAAGUCAGCAAGGUGCUUAAGGUUGUCAAGCUGAUGCGCAUUUUCCGUAUCCUGAAACUUGCACGUCAUUCCACUGGCAUGAGGGCAUUUGGCUUCACCAUACGCCAGUGCUCUGAGCAGGUAUGCUGCCUGUUUCUUUUCAUUGCCAUGGGCAUCUUCACCUUCUCUGCUCUGAUGCAUUCUGUGGAGGUGGAUCAGCCUGGGACACCGUUCAGCAGCAUACCAGAUGCCUGGUGGUGGGCUGCGGUGAGCAUCUCUACUGUAGGUUAUGGAGAUGUCAUCCCUGUCUCAUAUCUCGGCCGCUGUGUAGCGUUUGGCUGCAUCUCAUUUGGCAUCAUCCUCAAUGGCAUGCCCAUCUCCAUUCUGUUCAACAAGUUCUCUGACUACUACGCGAAACUGAAGGAACAGGAAUACACCUAUUCAAACACGGAGCGCACCUUCCAGCUCAAGAAACGUCUGAGGCUUAAGUUUGACAACUGCUUUGAGCCGCAGCCAGGUGACUCGGAGGAUGAGCUACACUAUCGGCCCAGUGGAAGGUAAACAAUCUACGGGAGUGAAGAUUGAGAGAAGCUACAGCGUUGGAAACUUGCUUACCCUAACUGGCCUUAUCGCCCAUCGAUCCCCAAGUGUGAGACCUCAUCUGCCUCCAAGUCUGUGAGAUGAGAAACAGUCUAAGUGGGGUAACUAGAGGCAGCAGCAAGUUGAGAUCAUCUGUAAGCCUCUGCUUUUAUAGUAGUUGCUGUUCACAUGCAGUCUAUGGUGACUCUAUCAAAUGGAAAAGAUGCUCCCACUGGACAGCUUGUCACCCGUUUCUAGGAAUAGCAACUUGCUGAAUAAACUGAAAUCUAUAUAUUAUUUGAGGUCACCUAGUUAUAUAAAUAGUAAACUAUGUUACACUAAUCACCUUGAAAUGGUGGGAUGCUUGUCAAAUAUAAUCUUUAUUGAAAGGACCUUUUUUGGACAUAAUAUGCACUUGUGUAUUUAAAUUUUCACAACACUCAGUGUAACUUUGAUGGAGCUUUUAAUGAAGGAAAUAUAAAUAUACAAGCUG